AAUUAAAAAAAGGAAAGAAAGAAAAAAAAAAAAAAAAUUCAGUUUCAUCCCUCGCUCUCUUUCAGCCUUAGCCUUUUCGUAUAGUUUGCAAAACUCUGUUAGCCCAAAAAAAGAAAAAUGGGUGUACCAGAAACUGACCCUCUUUCUCAAUUGAACUUACCGCCGGGUUUUCGGUUUUACCCGACUGAUGAGGAGCUUCUUGUUCAGUAUCUAUGUCGCAAAGUUGCAGGGAAGAAUUUUUCUCUGCAAAUUAUUGGUGAAAUUGAUUUGUACAAGUUUGAUCCAUGGGAUUUACCGAGUAAGGCAAUAUUUGGUGAAAAAGAAUGGUAUUUUUUCAGUCCAAGAGACCGGAAGUAUCCGAACGGGUCAAGACCCAAUAGAGUUGCCGGUACCGGGUACUGGAAAGCCACGGGAACUGAUAAGAUUAUCACAACAGACGGCCGUAAAGUUGGUAUCAAGAAAGCUCUAGUCUUUUACGUUGGCAAAGCUCCGAAAGGCACCAAAACGAAUUGGAUCAUGCAUGAGUAUCGCCUUUUCGAACCUACUCGUAAAAAUGGAAGCUCAAAGCUCGAUGAUUGGGUUCUCUGCAGAAUUUACAAGAAGAAUUCGAGUGCUCAGAAGGAACUUUCAACAGCGAGUGUUUCAAGCAAAGAACACAGUAAUGGCUCAUGUUCCUCUUCGUCUUCACACCUGGCUGACGUGUUUCUGGAUAUUGAUGAUAGCUAUUUCGCUUUACCACGGAUGAACUCUUUGAAACCGGCACAGCCUGAUGAGAAGAUAAACAUAAACAAUUUGGGUUCAGGGAAUUUCGACUGGGCAAGUAUUGAGGGACUCAACUCGGUUCCUGAACUCGUGUCGAGUGGGCAAACUCAGAGUCAGGGGUUCUUGAAUUUUGCCAAUAAUGACGUGUUUGUCCCUUCAAUGCCCCAGCUUUGCCACGUGGAUUCUGGAAAGAUUUGUAACGUGAUGGAUGAGGAGGUUCAAAGUGGUAUUAGAAACCAACGAGUUGACAACUCAGGGUUUUUCCCGCAAAACUCGGGCGUAAUGACUCAAAAUUUCUCUAACUCGGUUGACCCGUUUGGAUUCAGAUACCCGAUUCAGCAAGGCGCAUUCGGGUUUAGACAGUGAAAACACGAAGACAAUAAAAAUUCCCUCGAGUGUUGAAAUGUUUACCGAGUAUAAAAAAGCACAUUCAAAAUUUACUCAAUACGUAUAAUUUGUGGAUGAUAAUGAUAACUAUACGUAUUCGAGAGGGUUGAGUUGACAAAUUGGGAAAGGUAAAUAUGUAAAUAUGGGAUUCUUUUGGGGGUAAUUAAUAUUCUGGCUAUAGAUAUUCCACGUGAUUAAGGUGAAGUUAGGGGGGUGAGGGGAAUGGCUUGGCUUGGCUUGGCUUGGCUUGAUUCUUGAAGAACCAAAUGGGCAAAAUUGGAUGGCUUCUUUUGUCUUUUUUUUAAGGUCAGGUAAGUAGAUUCGACAAAGGCAAGCACAAAAUCAACAAUCAUUGUACAAUUGAUUUCAAUUUAAUCUGAAAUUAAUUAUCAUGUAAUUUCAAAUGAAGUGGCUUGCAGGAUUCCACGCAUUUCAUGUAUGAAGAUUUAAAUAAUUGUUCAAUUUUAAUCCAAAUCUAUGAAAUAUUUUUUCAAUUA